AGAGAGAGAGAGAGAGAGAUGGAAUGCUACGAUGCCGACGACGACGUUUUGAUGGAGAUGGAGGCGGGUGAGGUCCAAACUGCUCACUUCUUCGCUCCCAAUCCAUCCUACUUUCCUCUACAAUCGGUUGAGGGAUGGACUUUAUUGGUCACUGGAGUUCAUCAAGAGGCUGAGGAACGCGAUGUUCUUGAUCUAUUUGGGGAGUUUGGGGAGGUUAAGAGUUUGCAUCUGAAUCUCAACCAUCGCACUGGAUAUCUUAUGGGGUAUGCUCUGAUUGAAUAUGACAACUUUGAGGCAGCUCAGGAUGCAAUAUCCACAAUGAAUGGGACUGAACUUUUUGAUUCUACCAUCUCUGUUGAUUGGGCUUUCUGUCGUGAUCCUUCAAAUGCCAGUUAUUUGAGAUCCCCACAUUCACACCGAUCAAGGACUACAAUCAGGAGAUUCUGAUACUGUCCUGGUUUGUUAACUCAAUGACAAGGGGUGGUGGGUUUACUUUGUCCAAACUUUUGUAUAUUGCUUCUUUAGAAGAAUCUCUACUUGAAAUGUCUUCCAAUUAUUUUAAGUAGUUUGAAGGCUGCAUGGUCAUAUGUUUUACCUAUACUCUUUGGAAGUGCAGAAUGGUGCUUUCUGACUAUUUCCAGUUCACUCGUAGUUUCUUUUCUACUCACUGAAGCUUUUAUGCUUAUGCAAACUGCUUAACGAAUACAUGGUUGCUGUUUUCAAUCACCAUUCUGGGCACAUUUAUUAAUCCUCCAUACUGGUGUUUGUGGGGAUUGUUUGAGUAUUUGGCACUAGUGAUUGAGUAACAGUAAAACUUUGCAAAUGGGUUGAUGGACUAUCAGACUAGCACAUGCACACUACACCACCUUUUGUAAAUGGUCAUACAGUUGUACCUGGUGCACAAAGGCCCCCACUUCAACAAAUGGGAACAUUAAUUAUAUUUGUCAGUUCUUUCUAAUGGAGGAAGGAAGAGAUGGCUUGUAUGAUUAUAAGAACCAAACCUACGUGAUUUGUACAUUCGUCAAGACUUCAUAUACCUUUGAGCUCUACUUAUAAGCCUAUAUUUGGACAAUGUGGAGAUUGGACAAAGAAGGUAGAUUAAAAAAAAUUGACUAAUGUUGUGAUGUUUUAGGUUGCUAAAUGAUGAUACACUCAUUUCAAGUGAGCCAACUCGUUUUGGACUGUAUUGAAGCAGGGAGUUGGUGUUGUAUUAUUGUGUUAUUGGGAUUUUAUAAAUGAU